AUGGCAGAUCCCUUCAUUGAAGUCAUCUUGCAGAAGUGCAUAGGCUGGCGCCUCAUGAAACUCGCUGUGCUGGACGAGAAACAUGCCGAAUACUUGAGUCACAAGCCGGGUAGUGAAGAGCGAGCAGCAAUCUUGAAGGCUGCAGUUGCAGCAUUGCAGAACAUGUCCCCUCACUUCACCAGGGCAGCUCUCCCCGUGGCACAUGAGAAAGUGCAGGUGUUCUUCAAGAACACCUGCGCACGCACCAGUAAAGGAGUCCGACGUGAGUUCCAUGCCAGGGGCAAGAACAUGUUCAUCAUGCACAAGCGUAGCAGUGGGAGCAGUGCAUUAUGGGCCAAGGAUGACGAAGGUCGCAAAAUUUGGGAGGCGGCGCUCGCAUCUCAGGUUGCAGAGGGGAAGGUGAACGAAUCAAACUGCGCAGCCGUCAUCUCCUCGGUCAAGUCCAAGUGCUUCAAGGCACUAUCAGAUGAGGAGAAGCACACCUGGGAGGAGAAGGCGGAGGAGCUGCACAAGGAGUGGGAGAAUUUGAGCGUUGAUGACCUCAUUGCCGACAAGCAAGAAGGACUUUUUGUCAAGGUUGCAUCGGCCCUCCAGGGGUUGAUCAGAAGCAAGGGUUGGCAAGCAGGAGAGGAUGUUGGCUUCCAUUUGCGCAUGGUGUACAAGCUGCGAGAGGGAGUUUCCUGUUCCACUCAUGUCGAUAUCAUGCCCGCCGGGGAAACCGAAUCAUUCUCCACCUUUGAAGGCGGAAAUAAAGCUGAAGACGUGCACCGGGAACACUUCAUGGCCCAAGUGUUCGUGGUAAACUGUGAUCCUCCCAGGGCACACGAUGAUGUUGGCAAGCCCGUCCUCCUGCAGAUGGAGGAAGACUGGACUCCAAUGCACCUAGGGAAGACCUUGAAGGAAUACAUGGAAGAGUUAUGGUUCUACACACACACCGAUGUUGAGGAUCUCCCUGAACUCCCAUGGGACGCACUCGGCGAUAUCGCAUGUGAAUUGGUUGCCGCAGAUUGGGGAGGAUCUGUAGGUGACCUGGUGAAGAUGAAGCCUGCGCAGGUCAUGGCACUAUACCUCCGAAUGUAUGACAUGCAAGACACUGAUGGGUCAUUCCACUUUGUGGUCGACCUGGCCGCUAUUCGAAGAUGCACGAUACUCGAUAACGGUGACAUCCUCGAAGGGCCAAGUGUCGACGAGAUGACCAUCGCUCCUGACAGUGAUGCCGUCAUUGCUGAUGGUGACGCUGUCGCUCUGGACGGUGAUGCCAUCGCUCAUGAUGGUGAUGCCGCCGAUGCAUGGACGACUCAGAUACGGGAAUCUGCUGCCCUCCUGAGUGGCAUCAUCACGGUGAUACAUCCAGAUCUCUUCGAAGCUGGGAAAAUUGCUCUGCAGCAUUUGGCAGAGGAUCAGAACAGAGCGCAAUUUGUUGCAAAAUGGGCAUUGGUAUUCACGGCAGUACAGCUAAUCUCCAACAGGGAGUGUCCUCUUCAUCGCGAUACUCAAACAUGA